AUGAACUGGAUUGGAGGAAAUAGAUCAGUAGCUGCUGCCAACACGGGCUUAUUCGGCCGCGCCAACUCGAGACGGUCGAACGAGUCUCUGAAUGACCUGGGCAGCAGCACGACGUUUGGCGCGCGAGCACGCGAACGACGGCGACAGAAGAGUAAUUUCCAGAAAGCUGCCAGGGCGAAGAGUAAUCUGAGAGGAUCAGAGAGCGCAGAGGAUAGCUUUCAGGAGAGCCAGAGCAAGAGACGGAAGAUCGAGUUUGAGAUUAACCAGGGCAUCAAGCCUACUGACUCAAAGAAGGGCGGUCAGACCGACGACGAGAUGACAGAAACCGAGGUUACGACGCGAUUACUUGAGAAGCUUGGGCGAGCACGAAUCGAAUUGUCCAACGCGGAGAUCAGCGCCGAGAUUGCGAACGAGUCUGCCGAGACGUCGCCGAAUACUAGUUUUAGCUCGACGCGAUCGGUCGAGGAGAGGAAGAAGAUGUUGCUCGAGCUGGAGGAUUGGGCUGCUAUUUCAAUGGUUUUUUACUGCGUUUUUGGGUUUGAUGCGGAAGUGAGCGGGGCUAAAGUUGAUAUUAUACAGGACCGGGAUUAUCGGGCACCAAAGGUAUCACGACCCAGAGUAUCUACUUCUCCAGGUACUCCAUGGAAGACGAGAAACACUGCCGAAUUCAAUAAACCCAAAGGUAGAAGCCCAUUCGUGAUGUCAUACAAGCCAAGUCGCGCGCUGUCUUCUUCUCCUUCUCCCAACGAUCCCGUCACUAGCAGACGCUCAAUGUCAGCUCCGGCUGGCGAUAGUCCAGGUGAACAAGAUGAAAGUCACAGUUCUUCGAAAUACAACGAUCCGUCGUUUUUUGCAAACACUGAGAGAAGCGGUGAAGAGUAUAGCGAUACCCGUGCAUCUCGCACGUGGAAUUUCGAUGCGGACGAGUCUGCACUUGGUGACCAGGAAGAAAUAUUAUUCACACCAGCGAAUUCACUCCCGGGGUCUCAGUCUGACGGGGUUGAGGUUCAUCCGAUGCCAGCUGCUAGAGCUGCAGAAAAGAGCGCUUGGACCGAGUCAUUUGCUUCGGAUUUACAUAUACAAUCCGCCAAUGCCUCUAGACCUGACACGACGCAAGUUCCAAAAGAAGCACAAGACGACUGGGAUGAAUACAUGCACCAGGGUCGCUCACGCAACGAAUCUCCAGUGGCUCGCGCUGAAGAUGGACAAGCCUGUGUCACACCUGUUGCUCCCAGAGCUCCGGGAAGUUUGAUGGAGUCACCUUACUGGGUUUCAAUCCAAGCUGACAACCAGGAUGAGUUUGGUCAGAAGUCUGGAGAUGGCUCUGACGCUGACGACUAUGAGUGGAAAGAUUUUCUGAGUUGA